GGAAGUGGUGCACCGAGCCACGGUCUCCUGCCGGGUCCCUGGUUCUUGGGCUCACUGUCCUAUACCUGCGCAGCUUGAGUCCUCUCGCGCAUGGAUCGCAUGUGCGAGGAGAGGUCCGCGGAGGACGGGAGCGACGAGGAGGACUCCGACUCCCCGGAAGUACCGGCCCGUGUCAGGGACACCCCUGAAGACAUCGUUUUGGAAGCGCCAGCCAGUGGGCUGGCGUUCCACCCGUCUCGCGACCUCCUGGCGGCGGGAGACGUGGACGGGGACGUAUUUGUCUUUUCCUACUCCUGCCAAGAGGGAGAAACCAAGGAGCUCUGGUCCUCAGGUCACCACCUCAAGUCUUGCCGUGCCGUGGUCUUCUCUGAAGAUGGGCAGAAACUUGUUACUGUCUCCAAGGACAAAGCCAUCCAUGUUCUAGAUGUGGAGCAAGGCCGACUGGAAAGACGCAUUUCCAAGGCUCACGGUGCCCCUAUCAACAGCCUACUGCUGGUGGAUAGCAAUGUUCUAGCCACUGGGGAUGACACAGGUGGCAUCCGGCUCUGGGACCAGCGGAAGGAGGGCCCCUUGAUGGAUAUGCGGCAGCACGAGGAGUACAUUGCCGACAUGGCUCUGGACCCCGCCAAGAAGCUGCUGCUGACAGCCAGCGGGGAUGGCUGCCUUGGUGUCUUCAAUAUUAAGCGACGCCGGUUUGAGCUGCUUUCAGAACCUCAGUCUGGAGACCUGACCUCUGUCACAAUCAUGAAAUGUGGGAGGAAGGUGGCCUGUGGCUCCAGUGAAGGUACCAUCUACCUCUUCAACUGGAAUGGCUUUGGGGCCACAAGUGACCGCUUUGCCCUGAAAGCCGAGUCCAUCGACUGCAUGAUUCCGGUCACCGACAGUCUGCUGUGCGCUGGGUCCACCGAUGGAGUCAUCAGGGCUGUGAACAUCCUGCCGAACCGAGUGGUGGGCAGAGUGGGCCAGCACGCCGGGGAGCCUGUGGAGAAGCUGGCCCUUUCCCACUGUGGCCGCUUCCUGGCCAGCAGCGGCCAUGACCAGUGCCUCAAGUUUUGGGACAUGGCCCAGUUGCGGGCGGUGGUGGUGGAUGACUACCGUCGGCGCAAAAAAAAGGGAGGGCCGCUUCGGGCGCUGAGCAGCAAGGCUUGGAGCACCGAUGACUUCUUUGCAGGACUGAGGGAAGAGGAAGAGGAGAAGGAGGAAGAGAAGGAGGAAGAGGAGAGUGAGGACGACAGUGACUGAGGGAAUGAGCCGAAUCUCGAAGACGGGUCCUCAUUGGGCAAGAGUCUUGUUUCCUGGGCUGAACCUCCAGAGGCUGUGAACCUAGCACACCCUCUUGUGCAGCAGGAGGAGGGCAGGCGGGCUCGGGACUGCGGGGAGGAAGAGGCUGCUCACACUGCCAGUGUCAGACAGGCCUGCAGCUGGAGCAAGACGGCACGGACACAGGUGUACACCAACCAGGGGUUUAAUAUAAAUACAACCAGCAGAGAAGAACCAUCCAACAAUACACAUACACCAAAACCACAACGCCAAGUGGUGGGGACAAACGGCAGAUUUCUGACCCUUUGGCUUGGCCAUCCCCCAAAUAAAAACCAACAAAGACAAAUCAAGAAAAUAAGCAAAGAUUCAUGCUAGGCUGUGGGAGGAGACGGGGUGAGAGAGAGGGUGUGUGUCCCCCACAGGAAGGCCAAAGAGAACCCUGGGCUGGGAGAGGGAGGGCAAGGUCCCUCACCACAGCUUAGCCAAACCUGAGCUGUCCCCAGCGGCACUGGGGCUGUGCCCCAGCUGGGAGGUAUGUCAGGUAGAGCGGGGCCGCGCUCCUCCCCUUUUUGGGAUCAGAUGGUGGCUGCCCAGGCCUGCUGGG